AUGUGGAUUAUCUGCCUUUUGUUUGUCCCACUUGUGGCGAGCAGUUCCAAUACAAGACUGCUAAAUCAUAUCCUUAGCCAUGUAGACGAGGAGGCCAGUGCCUGUGGAACAUUCUACAAUUUUGCGUGCGGCAAGUACAACAUGCGGCACAUCGACGACUCGUUUUACGAUAUCAUCCAAAUGCUGGACCACCAGAUGAACCAGAAGCUAGUAAAGCUGAUGGGGGAACUGGAGGAGAAUUCUCAGUCGCGGGACUUUAAUGAGUCCAGUGUGGAGGCCAAGGUCCUUCGUUUCUACCGCACUUGCAGUGAAGUUCCGCGAAAUAUGAGCAGUUUAGUGGAGUACCUCAAACUGGCUCCCCCUGGCGAAGGACUCACCUGGCCCCAAUUCACCCCGAAUGGAAGUUCUUGGCCCCAGAAACCUUUCAACUGGCUGGAGACCCUCGCCCAUCUGCACCGCUAUGGGCUUACCAAUGUUUUUCUCAGCAUAGAUAUCGUUUCGAAUCCCCAUAACGCCAGUGAAUUUCGAUUCGAUCUUAGCAAGCCUAGUUUUGCAGAGGAAUCACAACGUCUGAACAGUUUUGUGGAAACACUAGCCCUUCUCUACAUCAUGAAGGUUCCCUCAAGUGAUGUUGUAGCUCUAGCGCGAAAAAUACGAAAGCUGGAAUUGUCGGUGAAAAUUUUGACCGAAGGUUUCGACUAUAUUGAAAGUGGUCUUAUCAGUUUGCAACAGUUGGAAGCAAAAACGGGAAUCAACUUGCAGCCUUUCCUUGAGAUAAUACUAGGCCGUCGUAUUACACCGCAGUUUCGAUUAUUGGCCCAGGACUUUAGAUACUUCACCGCCCUCAAGGAGCUGAUGGACAAACAGGACGAAGCCCAGGUUGUUGCCAGCUAUAUAAUGAUGCGAUUUGGAAUGUACCUACUAGAGGAAACGACUGACGGCAAAGAGCCAAUCGAGUGUAUUGCUAAUAUACGCCGGAACAUGAAUUUGGCUGCGAGUUGGAUCUAUAAGGAGCGUUUUCUGGAAACCUCAACCUUCAAGACCUUCAACCAGGAAAUUAAUGAUAUCUUUGAACAAUUGCGCCGCGAAUUCCUUCUGCAAGUCGAACACAAUCGCCUUGAGUUAACCGCUUCGCAGAAGAGAUUUGUCGAUGGAAAGGCAAAGGAUAUUAUCCUGAACAUUGGAAACCUUCCGAAAACCGAUGAUCUGCGCAAUUUCGUCAGUCGGCACUACGCUGAUUUGGAGUUAUCCUCUGGAGACCUUGAUUACCAUCGUGAGCAUCUCAAGUUGCUGCAGUUUCGCACUCAAAAGUUACUGAACAAAUCCAUAAAAUGACAACGAGACGAGAGGAAUAUUUCGACCUACCCGAACCGAAGAGGGCCAUAGCCUCCACCUCGUACUAUGUGAUGCGAACCAUUUUUCCUUCCCGAAAGCGACCUUGUGUUUAAGUACAGCCUGAUGGGAUUCACCCUGGCCCACCAGUUAAUGAACGCCUUCGACACCGAGGGCAUUAAGAUCGACAGAAGUGGUAACGAUCGCAAAUUCAACUCACAGAGGUACGAUGAAGUCGUCGAUUGCUUGCAUCGCGAUGGAAAACGAAAUAUCAAUGAACGCAUUGCCGAUAAUGCCGGUUUGGAGCUCACGUACUCUGCGUACUCUAAAAAUGCCAGGAACCGAAACCAAUUUGACUUCACCCAUUUGCCAGCGGAAAAGAUAUUCUUCCUCAAUUUGGGGCAGUUCUUUUGCGGCAAUAGCGACUUCAACGUUGAGUACGAAGAUGACCAGGUGCGUUUGCAGCAAGUUCUGGACGGGUUCGAACCCUUCGAAAAGGCCUUCGGAUGUCGUCGGAAUAACAAUCAGCUCGAAAAUUGUCAGAUGUUUUAA